CAGCCUGCCUCACUGCCUGACAGUCAGCAGCAGGUCACAGUGAAAUAUAUAUUUUUUAAGAGAAAUGCCAUGGCGGCCGCGGUGCAACUUAAAAAUACCCCAAAAAUCUGCAACUAAUACAUUUUCACCUGUGACAUCGUUUUCAAAGUAGCCCAAUUUGGCAGGAAAACUGCAAACAUGGCAACACUGAGUCCUAGGAAAGUAGUACUUCCUUGCCUCAUGUUGUAUUUGUUGUCCUUGCUGUGUGUCAGGUGGAGCUGCAGCGCUCCCUGCAGGCCAGUGAGAGAAGUGUGGCGGAGGCCAAGGAGGCUUUGAGUGUGAAGGAGACAGAGCUGAGAGACCUGAGGUCCCAGAAGGCUGUGGAACAGGGCCUGGUGUCCAAGGAGGACCAUGAGUCCCAGCGCCUCUCACUGCAGGCCGAGAUCAACACAUUCACCGCCCGAUUCAACAACCUCACACGCAAACACGAGAAGACUUGCCACCGAGGUGUUCCAGGUGCAGCGUGAGGCUCUGUUUAAUAAGAGUGAGCGUCAUGUGGCCGAGGCUCAGCUGGCCACGAUGCAGCAGCAACUGGCUGACCUGCAGGCCCAGUCCAGCCACGUCCAGGAGCUCCACAAAGACAUCCAGGACUCCCAGGGCCUCGUCAAGGAGAAGGACUGCAAGGUGAGACUGAGACACAAAUGGUAGAAGUCAAAUUGAGCGACACUGUCCUUUAUUCUAAAUCGACCCCUAGGCCUGGCUAUCCAUCCACAUCGCUCCGGCCAAACACCACGCCCACUAACAUUUCUUCUCCACGAUGAGUCUGGAUUUGAUCUCUUCCCUGACGGCUUUUCGAAUGCGAACACAUUCAAACCGUUCUGAUUGGUCCCAGAAACCGAUGGGUUGGGCCAGAGCCUGAACACACGUGGGUAAAGCGGCGUUACGGAAAUAGUCAUUGGCUUUGAUACUCUGAUUGGUUACAGACUAUUACAUCGCUGAUGACUUGUUUUGUACAACGCCCCUCACUUUGACGUUAGCAGAAACAACUUCUACAAUGGCAGUCUCAGACUGAAUGUAUGUAGCAAUAGAUAGAGCAGCUGAAUUACAUUCAGUAUGAGUCAUCAGGCAACCUACCCCUAGGCACUUCUUCCAGAUCUUAAGGGAUGGGUUAGGUUCCUUGUCCUCUGGGCUGGGCUGUGCUGGGCUGGGCUGGUCUAUUGAAUAACAAGAAUGUAUCUCGUCUCUUGAGCCUACUGAUUGUAUUACUGCUGUUCGUGGUCCUCUGUAGCUCAGCUGGUAGAGCACGGCGCUUGUAACGCCAAGG